UCUUAUACCCUCCAGGAACUUAAGAAGGUGAUUUAAGAGCGACUUCUGGCAGUGAAAUGGUCUGCAGCCUCUGCUCAGCCGUAUCUCAGUUCUGAACCUCUCUGUUGUUCUGUGAAGUGUGGUGUUACGCUGAAGGCAGCUUGGCCAGCCUUCCUUGCAUGACACUGUGAAAGUCUGUAGUUUCGGGGGAGGGUGCAGCACACAAAGUAUAUCCACAUCUGCUCCAGGAAUCUCAGUGGCAUAGCAAGGCGAUCCCAAGCUGAGGAAAAGGGCUACAUGCAACUGGCUGUCUGCAGACCUGGGAAUGAGAUAUUGUCCUCAGUCACUGAUGGUGGCCAGGGGGGAUUUCUGUGUGCUCUUCUCCAUGGUUUUGUUCAGCACCCAGGCCUUCCCACAGACAAAUAUUAAAAUCAGCCAAGCUAUGCCAGAGCCCAUUCAGUCCUAUUCAUGCCCACUAUUCUGGACAGAAUAUGAAGGAUACUGUUACAGAUACUUUCCCAUCAAUAAAACAUGGGCUGAAGCUGACCUGUAUUGUGCUGAAUUUUCCAUUGGUAUAAAAUCAGCCAAAUUAGCUUCCAUCCACAGCUGGGAAGAGAAUGUCUUUGUGUAUGACCUGGUAAACAGCCGUGUGCCUGGGAUACCAACUGAUAUCUGGAUGGGACUCAAUGAUCUAAGACAGGAAGGGCAUUUUGAAUGGACAGAUGGCACAUUGUAUGAUUAUAACUACUGGGAUGGCAACCAGCCAGAUGAUGGGAUCCACUCUAUUCCAGAAGAGGAAGAUUGUGUGCAGAUCUGGUACCGAUAUAACAGUGCUUUACGGUCAUGGAAUGACAACAGCUGCGGUAAAGAAUUCCCAUUUGUCUGCAAGAUUCCAUCACUGGCGGUUGAUUAGCUCACUCCCAGGAUAACAGAACAACCACAGGCCACACUUUAAAAUACUGGAACAGCGUCUAUCUGACUGAGGACCUUCGUGAUGCCAGAGAGACAUUUUUAAUGGUUCAUAUAAGCAGGUAUAUGUCUGAGGCCAGCUGCUCUACCUAGACAAAACCUUACUUAACUUUUGCUUUUGUGCCCAAGCAGUGGCUGACCAAAGAGCACUGGUGAAUAGUAAAGCAAGUAGGACUUUUACAGUAUAUUUUUUAUGGUCUGGAAGCAAUUUCAAUAUGGCUUCCUUUGCCAGGGCUAUUGUGUGACCCAACAAAGAAUUUCAAAACUUAUACACGUCAUUAAGCAAUGGAUGAAAAGGUGCAAGAAGGUGGCAAAAGUCUGACUGUCUGGUCCCCAUUCACAUAAGUGGAUCCCACUGAUCUUUGCCUGUCAAACUGGGUUCAAAAUCUAUAAACCUCUCUCAUGUUAUGAUGAGCAGGUUUUAAUGCAGAAUACAUAUUCUGUCUCACUCCUCAACUCUGUUGAAAGAAGGGCUAUGCAGUCACACUAAGGGCCUGAUUUAGAUCUCAUUCAUACUAGAUGAUUUCAAUGGAGUUACUCUUCAUAACUGUCACCUGAGCUCAGAAUCAAGCUUGAAAAUCUGUACCAAUGCCAUACAAAUGAAGUAGCACAGGGCAGAUAUUGAAGUCCAUAAUUAGAUCAUACUUACUUUUUACUUAGUUGAAAGGAGAUGGGAGUUAUGCUUGAAGGGACACCAUGUAAAAGCUGAGUUAGGAAUUUCAUAUUUGAACUUCUAUUUGGAUUUAAGCAUAUCAACCUAUUUUAUGAGAGAUCCAUUAUGUUAUUACAAACACUAAAAGCCUUAAUCAUAAAGUAAUAGCUGACUGAGAUGAUUUUGCCUGAGGGAAUUGCAGCGUGGAGCAUUUUCUGGUAAGUUUGGCAGAAAAUGUGGCAUUUUUCUUAAGUCCGCCCCCCAAAGCUAAAAUACAUUGUAAACAAUAUUUUGUAGUUCCUUCUCUGCAGCCUUGCUGGAAUACAUAUACUUUCUUACUUUAUACAUACCUCUAUUCUGGUACAAGGAUGGUAGCUUUAUUACUCUCAUUGCUUUGGACUGCAGAUUACUGUUGUAUCUCAUAUCAAAGGGGGCAUUCAAAACAGUGAUUGUAACAGUGUGGCCUGCCCCUUAGCAGCCAGAGGACCUAAGGCGAACCAGACCCGUGCAAUUAUGACACCCAGCUGGAAAGUGGUCAGGUUUUUCCUACGAAGGGCUGAGAGAAUAAAUUGGAUAGGCAGGUAGACAAGGGACAACAAAGGCAUGGAAAGGAAGAAGUAUGGGAGGAGCUACUGUUGGGUCCUGAGAGAGGCAGCGAAUUCUUCCUGGGCUGGUGAGGGAGCCUGCCAUUUUACACUCACUUUUUAUGCUGGCACAAUGAGGCCCAUUAACAACAGAUUACAGAACAUCAACUUUAACAUUAGAUGAUCAUGGUAGUGUUUUCUUUUUCCUCAUAAAAUAGAAUGAAUUUGUCACAUGGCAGAAUGACCAAGACAAGAGGUGCACAGAGCAGAUCGUACUGAUGGUUUCAUUGCAAAGAAGCAUGAUUAGU